AUGGGUAUCAAAUAUUCUGUCGUAGAUAUUGCCAAGGAUGCCAAAAAUAAUGUUACAACUACAUACUAUGGGAGAAAUGGAUAUACCAUAACUCUUUCUAGGAUAGAUAACCCGAGGAUAACCAAAGAGCAUGGAAAUGACGAAAAACAGUCACUCAAGAAUUACAAACAAUAUCACCAUAAAAUUCCGGAAGAUAAUGCUUGGUGGUCUGUCUAUUAUCAGCUCCAAAGGGUUGAGCACAAUGGUAUUGAACAAACUGGAUUUGAAGAAAAGGGUUAUCUUAAAACCCAUAAGGCACUGGAAGUGGUAUACUGGUCAAAUGAUGAACACAAUUCACUUCCACUGAUCAUUGGCCUUGGUGAAGGUAAACCAAUCUAUUUUAAACGAAAAAAUGAGACUAACAGAUGGGAAUAUUCCAAUAUUGUACCUCCUGCAGAUUUAUCAGACUACAACAAAGUGCUUGAAGGUCUUAACAAAACAUUUUCGGAUGUUGUGAUAGUCAACCUCAAUGCCGAUAAAGAUAAGAAGUACUGUGGUCAUCCUUCUUUGAACUGCUUUAAGAGUCCUAAGGACAGUUCUGAAAGCAAUUGUUCUCAGGAUAGCACUUCCUUUGUUACCAUUACUGUUUCAGAGAUAACUGGUGGUACGGUUCCUAGUGGCUUUAAAUGUCUUAAACAUUCCUCCUCCGGAAACAAGAUGAGAGUUUUAGGUACAUACCAUGGCGACUCUAUGAUCUCAUUUACGGAGUCCACUGUAGCCACAGAAUGUGGGUAUGUAAACGCUUACUACACAUCAGAGAGUAGGAAUGAUAAGCCUUUGUUAUUAGAACUGUCAAAUGGAGCGGAUCAGGGAACAUCAAAACUUUAUACUCUUGGAAAUAAUAAAUGGGUGCCUUCAAACUUAUCCAAAAAUGAUCUUACUCAGGUGCUUGAUUACGAAAAUUGUAUGCGAAACAACAUUGUUUUGGCUGAUGUAUCUAAGAAGGAAGACUAUCAUUGCAAAUGUGAGAAUAAGCAUAGGAGGAUCGAAGUCGUCCAAAACACUCAUGAUUUACCAGAUGAAUCUGAAUUGUAUGAACACACUAUUAAAAGUACAGGAGGUAGAGAAACUCCAGAACCCUCUUUUAAUAAGUAUAGAUUCAUGGAUGACAUUAAAGAUGUUACAUUGCCUGAAAGUUUAAUGACGGAGGUAAAGAAGAUAUACGUCUACCUCUGUAAAAGUAACACAAAUAUGCAGUUGCUAAUUUAUAUGGACAAUGGAUCAGAGCCUGGAAAAUGGUUAAGAAAGAGUUAUGGAGACAAGACAUGGACAGAAGCUAACUCUGUUUCUUUGUCUGGAAUAAAGCCAACUGAUAGUAACUCCAAGGAUAAGAUUGGGAAAGAACUUCACAAAAUUGCCAAGGAACUCAGCAUUGGAUGUCAGCACGAAGAUAGUGCUUCCUCUGGAUCCUCUCCAGGUAGUGCAGGCUCUGUUGGGAAUAGUGGAUCUCAAGGGCAUAAGGGUGAGCUAGGUACUCCUGAUGGACCUCAACUCACUGUUGCUCCUGUAUCCCCUUCAGGUGGAGAACAAAACUUUGGAGGUGGUAGUAAUGGCGGUUCUACUCCAUCUUCAUCUCCAGAAUCAGGUUCUCCUACCUCUGAAAAUACUCAAGAUAGUGCAAACACUAGUAGUGGUUCACCUGGUGAAGGUAUUCAAGGACCCACUGGACCUGGUACUAAGUCACCUGAGAGCGACAAAACACCCACAGAAAAAUCCGAAACUGAUAAUGAUGAUCAAAGCCGUGGAGAUAAAACUUUUACAGAUAAAAAGGGCCCCUUUCAGACGGCACUUACCUUCAUUAGAGAUCACCACGAUAAAAUAGUGCCAUCAGUUGGCGGAGUAUUAGGAACUGGGAUUCUGGGUCUUGCCAUCUGGAAGGCCCCUGCUAUAUUUAGCAGGGUACUUGCAAUCUUCAUUACUUCUGUAUAA